CUUCCAAACAUCCACCCCCCAGAGCGUCGAGAAGCUCCAGGGAAAAAAACCGAUUUGACCUGUCAAGAAGAACACAGAACUGCCAAAACGGCAUCUAUUCUAUUUGACGAACCAUCUAAUAUCAAUCCCUUCUACUCAUCCUACUUUGCUUAAUCGCCACCAUGAAACUACGUUUUCAAACCAAAGCCUCACAACCCAUCACCACCACUAUACUUCCACCUGAGCUUCGACUUAUGAUUCUAGAAGAGCUAGCUUCCCAUGAUGAAAAACAUCAUAUGGCCAGUUGGGCUAGUGUUUCGAAAGAAUGGCAAAGCUUUUUUGAGCCGUUACUCUGGCAAACAUUAACCUUUCGACCCUCGAUUUCCAGAUCAGGCUUUCUGGGCUUCCAUCGGUUUAUCAAAGGUUACCGAAAGUCUUUGGUCAAAAAGAUUCGACUUCAUGUAAGGAUGGAGGAAUACGCUUGCGAACAAUGCGAUCGACUUGGAGGUCCGGACAGAAACAUUCGAAUUCUGAAGAGGAAUAAGACGAGGUUCUCUGCCAGCCUAGAAUACCUUUUCCAUUUCCUUGCUGAUUGGACCGGGGAAACUUCAGGAACUGGGAUUACGCUUGAACUGGGAGCUAUCUGGACCAGUGGCAGUCAUUGUCUUCACAGUCAGUCCCCCAGGUACUCGCCGACCAGUCCCUGGUUGCGAAGUCUCAGCAAACUUUGCCUCGACAGAUGGAUCCCCCUUCCGAAGGCCCCUAUCAUUACUGGAUUAUCCUUCGACCAAACCCUUCGUCAGAGCAUUUCUGCUUCAUUAAUACUUAGUAUGUUGGAGAGCUUACCAUGUCUCAAACAAGCUAACUAUGAGUCGCAACUUAUAAUUGAGCAACUUGCACCAUAUAUAUCAGAGGCACAAAAAUCAAUCCUAUUCCAGUAACUAAAUAGAAAGAGUGAAACAUAGCGAAUAGCCACAUAAGAACAUCAAUCUUCAAGGAUAUAUAAAGACUGAAUUGAAUAUUGUCU